AUGGUUUCCGAAGCCGACUUGAAGCCCUGGCUGCGGGCGCCGCCGCGCAAAUACAUCCUCACCAACGCGACCGUCGUCGACGUAACAGGCGGCUCACUACGACCAAACGCGGCAGUCCAGCUCAAAGACGGCCUCAUCGCCGCCGUCCUCGACUCAACAGACGCCGCCAUCACGACCGCCCGCAACGACGGCUUCGAAGUGGUCGACUGCGCCGGCAAGUUCCUCUGCCCGGGCCUGAUCGACUCCCACGUCCACGUCAUGGCCGUCCCCGGCUUCGGCGACCUCUCCAAGGCCUUCGGCAACCCCAACGACGUCUCCCUCCUCCGCCAGCCCUACGUCUGCGCCCAGAUGCUCCACCGCGGCUUCACCAGCAUCCGCGACUGCGGCGGCGCCCUCCUCGCCCUCAAGGAGGCCGUCGACGACGGCGUCUUCCCCGGCCCGCGCCUCUUCAUCGCCGGCCACGCGCUCUCCCAGGCCGGGGGCCACGCCGACUUCCGCGGCCCGCACGACCACUCCGAGUGCUGCGGUGGCUCCACCACGGGGCUGGGACGGCUCUGCAACGGCGUGCCGGAGUGCAUGACGGCCGUCCGCGAGGAGAUCCGCACGGGGGCCGACUUCAUCAAGAUCAUGGGCUCCGGCGGGGUGUCGAGCCCGACGGACAAGAUCGACCACCUGCAGUUCACGGGGGCCGAGAUCCGGGCGAUGGUGGAGUGCGCGGCGAACGCGGGGACGUACGUGACGGCGCACGCGUACACGACCAGGGCGAUCCGGCACUGCGUCGACAACGGGGUGCGCGGGAUCGAGCACGGGAACUUCAUAGAUAGGCCGACGGCGGAGCUGCUCGCGGAGAAGGGGGUGUUCCUGACGCCGACGCUCAUCACGUACGCGGAGAUGGCGUCGGAGAAGUGGAAGGGCUAUCUCCCGCCCGAGUCGAGGUCGAAGAACGAGGAGGUGCUGACGGCGGGGCUGGUGGCGUUGAAGACGGCGUACGAUGCGGGCGUGACGAUUUGUUUCGGGACGGAUCUGCUCGGUCCGCUGGGGGCCGCGCAGUCGUUUGAGUUCUCGUUGAGGUCGAGGGCGCUGCCGCCGCUGGCGGUGUUGCAGAGCGCGACGAUUAACCCGGCGCGGAUGUUUGGGAGGGAGGAUUCGUUGGGUCAGGUGAAGGAGGGGUUUGAGGCGGAUGUUCUCAUCACGGAUGUGAAUCCUCUGGAGAACGUGGCGAUAUUCGAUGAUCCUGAGAGGCACGUCUCUGCGGUUAUUAAGGAGGGGAGGGUGUAUAAGAGUAGAUGGAGUGGUAUUGCGGAAGAUGCGGCUGUCCCGAUCAAGGUUAGACCGGCCCUUUAG